AUGCCACCCCAACCUGCUGCCAUUGAUAUCAGUGUUGAGAGCGUGACGGAUACCACUUCGGUAGUCCUCCCUGACCCAAUUGAGACGGUAGUGAAUGGCGAUGGCCACCUACCCUUUGCCAUCAAGGAUGUUCAUGGUCACCGUUCAAGAAGCGGGCCUAUGCCGUCCGGUGUCGCGCCGUAUGCGAGUGCUGAUAUGUUCAAAAGUCCUGCAUCUUUUGGGAAGCCUAAAGCAAAGAGAUGGGAUCAUUGGAUCAGCCAGGAAAGCUCCUCUAGGACAGGAUCAAGCAUAAAGAAAUCUGCAAAGUACCUGAAGAAGCCAGGCCUGAUCACACUUGGAGGCGGAUUGCCGAGUUGCGAUUACUUCCCAUUCGAACGUAUUGACGUCAAGGUUCCAGUGGCACCUCAUUUUUCUGAACCGGAGACUUUGGAAAGUGGCAUCGUUCGUACUGCCGGCAAGCAUGAUAUCCGAAACGGCAAGUCACUCUAUGACUUGGAAGUCUGUUUGAAUUAUGGCCAAGCCACCGGGUCAGCCCAGCUCAUCCGAUUUGUCACGGAGCAUACCGAGAUUGUACAUAAGCCCCCAUAUGCCGAUUGGUGGUGCAUUCUCACAGCAGGGAACGUUUCAGCCCUGGAGAUGUGCUUACGCAUGCUUUGUACUCGAGGUGACUAUCUCCUUACAGAGGAGUAUGCUUUUGCCACCACGCUCGAGGCAGCGGCGCCAUUAGGGCUGAGAACCUUGGGUAUAAGAAUGGAUAAGGAAGGUAUGCUGGCGGAUGACCUUGACCACGUCCUUACUGGUUGGGACGAGCUUGAACGAGGCAGACCCAAGCCUCUCGUUCUCUAUACCGUACCUACUGGCCAAAACCCGACCGGGGCCACCCAGUCGUACGAACGUCGUCAAGCAAUAUAUGCCAUAGCUGAGAAGCACGAUCUUUGCAUAGUCGAGGACGAGCCUUACUACUUCCUUCAAAUGGAGGACUAUGCUCCGGGUCGUAUACACUCCACUGCCGAAACGGAGAGAGUUCCACAUGACGAAUAUCUUAACACACUGAUCCCCUCAUACCUCUCUAUGGACACUUCUGGCCGAGUCAUCCGUCUUGACUCUUUCAGCAAGAUCAUCGCCCCCGGCGCACGCGCUGGUUGGAUCACUGGAGCGGAGCAGCUCAUCGAGAGAUUCGCCCGGCAUGCAGAAGUCAGCACCCAGACACCUAGCGGCAUAUCUCAGAUCAUUCUCUACAAACUCCUCGAAGAGACGUGGGGCCAUGACGGAUUCCUAGAAUGGCUCAUGUAUAUCCGGUCCGAAUACACCAGACGUCGAGACACCAUAGUGGCAGCAUGCGAAAGCCACCUGCCGCGAGAGAUUGCGAGCUGGAAUCCGCCUAUGGCAGGUAUGUUUCAUUGGAUCAAUAUCAAAUGGCACAAACAUCCGAAGUUCAACAAGGAUCCAUCAACAACGAACCUCAAAGAGGUCGAGGAAUCGAUCUUUCAGGCUGCAAUAGGGAAGGGCGUACUAUGCUCGCUAGGUAGCUGGUUCAGGGCGCAGAAGGAUACUGAUACCGAAAUCUUCCUUCGUGUUACCUUUGCAGCCGCUCCGUUAGACAGAAUAGAGGAAGCAAUCUCUCGAUUAGGAGAAGCGCUGAGAGAAGAAUUCCAAAACGGCGAAGCCAAUGGAAUCGAGCAGGGAGCAAAUGGCCAUGGUUCAUGA